AUGCUCCUGAUGGUGAUGGGCCUUUUCAUGGAGGUGGACGCUCGUGACCUCUUUCUCCGAGAAUCUGUUGAUCGCCGGAUCGAGGAGGCGCGUCUGGAGGAGAACCUGUCUGCGACCAGUGAUGCCAAUAGCAACCUCGCGGCAGCUCGAGAGCAUGCUAGGUCUCUAGAGGCGGAGUUGUCUCACGCUCGGAGGGUUCUUAAAGAGUCUGACGAUAGGGCAACUGCUGCUGAAGUCCGCUGUGAAGAAGUCCUGAAGCAGCUGUCCUCCACGGUAGAUGCCCUUCGUGAAAGGGACGAGGCUAUGAUUCAGAGGGAUGAGGCCCAGCGUCAGUAUGAGGCCUUGAAGGCUGAUUUUGAAGGAGUCCAGGCUCUUCUUAACAAGGUGGAGGUCCAGAAGGAGGGGGCACUAGCUCGGGUCGAGGUUCUCGAGCAGGAGUUGAGUAAGAGUUCAAAUCGUAUCAGAGACCUGGCUUCAGCGGCAGAGGAGUUUAAACUUCAUAAUCAAAAGCUCUGCCAUGAGGUCAGGACUUUGGAGCAUAAAUGCUCGGCCUUGCUCGAGGAUGCCAGAUUAGCUGAAGACAAAGUCCAGCUGGAGUGUGAGAGGCGCCUGGUGGAGUACAAAGAGUCUCCCGAGCUGAAAAAAGAGAUCAAGCAGGCCUGUGAAGCUCGCCUCCAGGAUUAUAAAAGUUCUUCUGAAUUUAAAGCCAAGAUAGCUGAGGCCUGUGAGAAGCGACUUGUGGAGUUCCAAGGCUCUGAUGAGAUGAAGACAGCCAUAUGA